AUGAGUCAGUCGCAGGACGAGGCCCGCGCGGCCAGGAUACAGAAGUAUAAAGAGGAGAGAAGAAAACAGCUGACGGCUAGAACAGCGACGCUAUUUUCUGCUAACGUCACUGAGCGGCGCACGAAAAGAUCAACCGACCUGACGCCCUCAGAAGAUGUUGGUGCUCAUCUUAAGUCUUCCUCGGAGCUAAAUCUUAACACAGCUUCAACUUCAGUGCCUAUUAGAACAACGCGUACGUCACGUCUCAGAGCUGCCGCUGCCAAUCUUUCCGACACCUCGCCGUCUCCUAGAAAAUCUAAUAGAAGUUCAUCUGUCCAAUCAUUACUUGAAGACGCCAAAACGAGAUCACCCAAAAAUUCCAAGUUACUAGAUAGAGAUAAACGAACGAAUAGAAGACAGAGCAAUGAAAAAGAAAACUUUAAGGGCUCGUCUUCGACGCGCUCGGAUAAAGAUUAUGGUGCUAUUAAGACGAAAUCGAAACAUUCCAUUAAUAAAAAUAUUUUAGAAAAAGACAAAAAUAAUUUUAUAGUGACUAGUCCUAAAGGAAAGAAUGUCGAUGAGAAGCGCAGUUCUAAAUUAGAUGAAAGUAGAAACACGAACUCCAUAAACGAAGAAAAGAAAUCGAAUAGUGAGAUAAACGAAAGAAAACACGAAAAACCAUUACGAGUCAAUAGUGAGGAGUUUUUUAACGAUAUUAUAAACGAUAAAGACAUGUCUAAUGGUAUAGAUGAAGAUAAAAUCGACGAUUUGUUUAAUAAUCUUGUUGUUGCUGAUGUGGAAGUCCAGAAUGGCAUCAGAGUUGAGGAGAUUGAUCAGAUUCUGGAGAGUGAUGGGCUCAAAUAUAGUCACAAUAGUUAUAUUCCUGCCGCUGAUAAAGCAAUAGAUGUUAAUGUUGAUUAUGUAGAAGAUAGUGUAGUGCCAAAAGUGAAAGAGGACGUUGGAGGCUUGCUAGGGGCCGUGUGUGUGCGCAAAGUGGAAAGGUUCAGUGAAUUGCUUAGCAACUUGUGUUCGCCUUGCGAGGCGGACAUAUUGUUCGAAGAUAUCCUGGUGGAAAAUGGAAUUGAUGGUGAAAAACAUGCGCGUACGAAUGGUCCGGAGUGUACGGCUCCGUGCCGGCGCGCGCAGCCUUCCCCGCGAACCACCAGCACACCCAAGCGAACUCCUGCGCAGCCAACUGCCAACAAUGAUGCUGCCGAUAGCAACAUACAAAAUAAGACUGUCUCAAAGAAUUCCGUGUUCGUGUCUAUAUAUUAUCCAUCGAAGAAGUUCGUGUAG